GAUGUAGUCAAUUACUGCUACCAAUAUUUUGUGAAAACAUGAAGCGUCGUAAGCAAACGUUGUUUUUUCGAGUGGGUCUCGCCUCGAUCUCCGGUAGCUAUAAGCACCAAAUUUCAAAAAAUUGUUUAUUACACAAGAUCACAUGGUCGGUGGCUGUCUCAAAAUUGAUGUUUUCUCGCGGACGAGAAAACGUGAAAAAUGUGAGAAAAUGGACGUGAAAGGUCUGGAAGAGGCGGAUUCCUCGUCCACAGCUCGCGUAGUCCUCUCGGAGAAAGUCAGAACAACAAGGAAUGGUAGGAAUCAUUGGAUUUCGACAAGUUUUGAAUAAAUCACGAGGCAAGUGAUACGACGAGAACCGGCGAAAGAAGAAUUCCGGAGAACAAGACGAACCGGCCGAUGUGAUGAGGUAGAAAUUGUGGGAUUUUCGAAUGGAAAUAUAAAAAAAUCUUUAACUGUGAAUGGAAAUAUAGUUUUUAAAGAGAA